AUCUCAAAUCCAGUCGAAUGAUGCGCCUACUAGCAUAUAACAGCGAUAACGAGUUCAGCCUAGCCAGCUUUGUCGGCGACGACAUUCCGCGGUAUGCUAUCCUUUCGCACACAUGGGGAACAGAGGAGGUUACUUUAGCAGAUCUGAGGGAUGGCAACGGCAAGAAGAAGGCUGGUUAUAGCAAAAUACAGUUUUGCGGAGAACAAGCUAGUCGUGACGGCUUGCAAUACUUUUGGGUGGAUACCUGUUGUAUCGACAAAUCGAAUAGUACAGAGCUUGCAGAGGCUAUUAACUCUAUGUUUCGCUGGUACCAGAAUGCGACGAAAUGUUAUGUCUACUUACCAGAUGUUUCGAGACCCGCCUUCGGUACGACCGACAAGUCUAACGACCUACCAUGGGAAGUAAUGUUUCGGCAAAGCAGGUGGUUCACUCGAGGUUGGACCUUGCAAGAGCUUAUUGCUCCGUCAUCACUUGGCUUCUUCUCGAAGGAGGGGGAACUACUAGGUGAUAAGGUAUCCUUAGAACGACAUAUCUGCGAGAUAACAGGAAUUCCCGCCAAAGCUUUUCGAGGAAGCCCGUUAUAUGAUUUCAGCGUCCACGAACGAAUGUCAUGGGCAGAAACUCGUGAGACGACUUGUAAAGAAGAUGAGGCAUACUCGCUACUGGGCAUUUUCGACGUCAAUAUGCCGCUUAUCUAUGGGGAAGGGAAAGAGAAGGCAUUGAAGCGACUCAGGGAGGAGAUCGACAAAGCUUCAAAAGGGAUUAAGUAUGAGGACUUCUCAGUCGCCUUUAGUCUCUCUUAUGUUUCUGACAUCGAAGAUUUCGUGGCCAGGGAGGAAGAGCUCGUAGAUAUGCAUAGGAUCUUGCUUAGCGACGGUUCCCGCCGAACAACUGUGCUUCAUGGCCUGGGCGGAAUCGGCAAGACACAACUUAGUAUUGCAUAUGCAAAGCGGCAUAAAGUCAAUUACUCGGCAAUAUUCUGGUUAAAUAUCAAGGACGAAGAUUCUCUGAAGCAGAGUUUUGCUAAAAUUGCCAGGCAGAUAUUGCGAGAACACGCCUUGGCUAGCCAGUUCAACAACGUGGAUACGCAAGGAACCCUUGACGAGGUGGUAAAUGCUGUCAAGGCAUGGCUGAGUCUGCCUAAUAACACGCGAUGGCUGAUGAUUUACGACAACUACGACAACCCAAAAUUACCAGGAAACACGGAUCCUAUGGCCGUAGACAUCCGAAAAUAUCUCCCCGAGUCAUAUCAAGGUUCAAUUAUCAUUACAACGCGGUCGUCGCAAGUCAGAAUAGGAUAUCCAAUCCAAAUUCGAAAGCUAGGGAAUAUGCGGGACAGUCUCAAGAUUCUAUCAAACGCAUCAAGACGGGAAGGACUGGAAAAUGACCCCGAUGCCAUCAAGCUUGCGAAGGAGUUAGACGGACUUCCUCUUGCACUAGCUACUGCUGGAGCAUAUCUUGAUCAAGUAGCGAUCAGUCUUUCGACCUAUCUUCGCCUGUAUAAAGAGUCAUGGAUGCAACUCCAAAAGUCGAGUCCUGAACUGAGCUCAUACGAAGACCGAACGCUCUACUCUACGUGGCAGGUUUCAUUUGAUCAUGUUAAUCAACGAAAUGGCCUUUCGGCUAAGCUUCUUUGCUUUUGGGCGUACUUCGAUAGCCAGGAUAUCUGGUUAGAGCUUCUUCAGCACAGUGACUAUGACGACCCAGACUGGGUACGACAGCUAGCCGAAGACCAAGUAAGCUUCCAUCAAGCGAUGCGUGUACUAAGUGGCCAUGGACUUGUGGAGGUAGCCACGCCUUCCUACGAAUUGAUCGAGUCACAAGGGUACAGCAUGCAUGGGUGUGUUCACUCUUGGAUUAUCAACGUCCUUAAUAAAUCGUGGGACUAUGAUAUGGCUAGGCUUGCUGUAAAGUUUACUGGAUCACAUGUCCCGGGAGAGCAGGCUGUUCAGCCGUGGCUAACACAACGACGGCUUCUCCAGCAUGCAACGAGAUGUUUAUAUAUGUUUUCGAACAGCUUGGUGGUAGCCGAUGAGCUAGCAGAUGAAUGCC